AUGUUACUUUUAUUAGUAUUACCAUUAUUAGUGAUACACUUAUUAUGUUUAACAGCAGCACCGGUAAGUUUUUUAAAAAGUUUGAAAUUUAAUUUAAACAUAAGCUAGUCGGUAAGGCACGGUAGGGUAUUAAGGUAAGGCAGAUGGAUAGGGUAGGGUAGAUUGAGAUAGAGUAAGGUAAUACGGGAUAGGACCGGGAGGGUAUGAUAAGGCAGGUAGAGUACUUGCUUUUCUUUUUAAACAAAUUUUCUGCCGUUUUCAGCUCCACGGCCCUCAACGCCUCUCAGGAACCGGUCGAUUGAUCUUCAUGGACACAUUAGAAGCUCCUUUGUACGAUGCUGAGGAUGUUACUGAGCCAACAGUAUAUGAAACUACUACUGAGUCUACUUUGACUUUGAGUGCUCAAAGGGUUCGGCCGACCAAAGCUUUUGCUCCUAGAACUUGGGUAGGGUAAUAUGUUAGACUAGUGUAGUUUUGGUACUAGUGGUACCACUAGUACUAAUAAAUGUUACCACUAGUACCAUUAAAUGGUCCUACUAGUACUACUAAAAAAUUCUUUACAAGAUAGUGCUAGUACUGUAAAAAAACAUUUUUGAUAUACGUUUGGUACUGAUGGUACCGAUUUUGUAAAAAUGUUACUUAUUAGUACUAAAAGUUUAAAAAUUUUGUCUUUUGUUUUAAAAUAAUCUUAAUAUGAUCAUUUCAGCAAGCCUCCACCACCCAACAAUCAAUGAGAGACGGCUUCACUGACACUUUGGUUAAAUUUGCUGAAACUGCGGUAACUGAGAUACUCAACCGUACCAAACGGUUUUUACGUGCUUUUGCUUGA